GUCGUCUUCUACAUCGGAGGCAUCACGUACAUGUUCCUCGCGCUCGCGAUCGUCUGCGACGAGUACUUCGUGCCCGCCCUCGAGGAGAUGGCCGAGGACAUGCACAUGUCCCUCGACAUGGCCGGCGCGACCCUGAUGGCCGCGGGCGGCUCCGCGCCGGAGCUCUUCACGUCGUUCGUCGCGACGUUCAAGCGGUCCGACUUGGGCUUCGGCACGAUCGUCGGGUCCGCGGUCUUCAACAUCCUCUUCGUCAUCGGCGUCUGCGCGUCGGCCGCGCCGGCGCCCCUCGUGCUCACCUGGUGGCCCCUGCUGAGGGACUGCACGUACUACGCGAUCGCGCUCGGCGCGCUGACGUUUUUCUUCGCGAACUCGGACCCCGCGGUCAUCCACUGGUACGAGUCGCUCAUCCUCUUCCUCAUGUACUUUGGGUACCUGGCGGUCAUGGCCCAGAACAAGAACCUG